AUGACCGGCUCAUGUGGGACUGAUUUGGACCAUGGCAUAGCAGCUAUUGGAUAUGGCAUGACAAGUGACGGAACUAAGUAUUGGCUACUGAAAAACUCAUGGGGCACGACAUGGGGCGAGAGUGGGUACCUCAGAAUGGAGAAGGAUAUUUCUGACAAGAGUGGUAUGUGUGGCUUGGCCAUGCAACCUUCCUACCCCACCGAGUAG